GCUGCUGGUGACGUCAGCGGGUGCUCUUGCAGAGUCACUCCAAAUGGUUCGACUGUAAACAAGGCCGAGGUGAAUUUUUGAGGGUCGAGCUUAGCGUCGUCAAAUCUUGAGAAAUUUACAAUAGUUGAACAUCCUUCAGGAUUUUUCUGAUAAGCUUGUUGAUAACUUUUUUUUUACGGAAUCCAGUCUUUGCCAAGAUAGUGGAGCUAGCAGUUGAAGCUAGUGAGGGCUAGCCACUCUCUGCAGAUUGUCUUAUUUGUCGACAGCCUCGCUGGGAACAUCUAACAAUCCCUAAAGAGUGAACACUUUAUGCCCUUACCAUACGUUUCUUUAACGCGUCCAGAACAUCAUAAACCCUGGGUGGCUGGUCAGAACAGCCUCCUUCCACCAUGGAGGCAGGAGGAAAGGAAUGUGAAGAGGAAACCCUGCAAACAGCUUUUAAAAAGCUGAGGGUCGAUGCAGAGAGUUUAUCUGGAGGAGUGAGUGCCUCAGAAGCUGUGACUCCAAGGUCAGCCUCACGUGCCUGUCUUGACACAAAUGGUGCUAAACCUAAACUUGUCUGCCAAAAGGACAACUGGCACGGAUGCACAAGAAAAACCUCCAGAGGAGCUUCGAGAACACAGCGGCGCCGCAGAUCUAAGUCCCCCAUUCUCCAGCCCGCAAAAUUCACAUAUUGUAGUUCUGCUACAGCAUCUGCACUGUCCCCCCCUAGUGGCUGCUUGAAACAGCAGCUUCUUGCCUGUCUGGAGCCAUCUGAACCCGGUCCCUCAGUGGAGGGGGAAACUCUGUCCUUGGUGGCCCAGAAAGAGCCUUCCUCUUUACAUGCACAAAGCCACAUCUCUGCAUUGAUAUUUGGAACAUCUGCUGCUUAUGACACACCACCUGGUGCUUCAGCUUCUUUACAAAAAACUAUCCCUGCAAUCAAUGUCCUUAGUGAUGUGCAGACGAGUGACGAGAGCAGAAUGGAGAGAAGUGCCUGUGAUGGAGCAGAGAGUGGACCACCUCAAGCAGAGGCUCAGGCCUCUGACUUCAGAGCAUUAUCAGAGCUCAGCACAUCUUGUGGUUCUCCUGCUCAAUGCUCUUGCAUUCACAAAAAAUGUGUGGAUACUCCAAAAGGCAAUGCAGAAAACAACGUUCAUGAGCCCAAGUGUUGUUGCCUGCCUAAUAAUCCUACAAGCUGGAAUGAUGUAGAGGUGUAUUCUUUUACAGGGCUGCGAAACGUUGUCACUGAAUGUGAAAGAGCCACACUGAGUCCAGAGGACUCUCAGAGAACUGUUAGCACCAACAGUAACUUAACAGCCACUUCGUCAGGCUCCCCCCGCUCAUGUUCAGAACAGGCCAGAGCCUAUGUAGAUGACAUUACCAUAGAAGAUCUUUCAGGUUACCUGGAGUAUUAUCUGUACAUCCCCAAGAAAAUGUCUCACAUGGCUGAGAUGAUGUACACUUGAACUAACUAAUCUCUCUAAUAUAAAGCAUACGUUUGAUUUGAAAUGGUCUAUGACCCUAUGUUGAUUGUCAGAUGUAGAAUGGUUUAAGGUAUGAAAAAAUAAAUAUACAAUAAUAAUUGAUGCCAUUUAUUUAAAGCUUUGCUUGUUUAACAACUGCCAGACACUGCAGUUGUUCAGUCCCUUUUGCGCUUUAUGGCUGACAUUUUGUUCAAUUUUUGAGUUUACAUAAGAAGUUGCCAAAGCUUUUGGUGCAGGGUUAACGGAGGGACAUGAUACUGUUGUAGGAAUAUGCAAACUUGUAACGCCAAGUGUGAUUAUGUUUGUGUCCUUUAAAACUCAUUUGUCUGGGUUAAUUUCACUUAAUAAACUUGCUUUGUUCAA